UAAAAUAGGUUUGUUGCUGCUUCAUCUGUUUGUCAUAUCUGGUUUGCACUGGGGCCUGGCAGAGAAAAACCUUCCCUUCUCCGGUUUGGCUUUCCAACAGCAGACUGUCUCCUUCUCCAGCCCUCUCAAGCGGCUCUGCAGAAGCUGAUCCUGAAGCGUCCAAAUCCCCUCCGAUAUUGAGAAACCUUUGAACAAAAGGCUGAAGCCUGAGUGCAUAGCUUUCUUAAAGGACGCCUUCUAUAAAGUCUCCACUUCCACAGGGAAGGGGCAGAAGAAACUGGAUAUUUUAACUCAAUUGAUCUAUUCAAUAUCUGGUCUAGAAUAGGAUGGAAUCCCUCCUUCAGCUCCUCUGUGCCCAGGAAGACUCAAGAAACUUGUAGCCCCACAAAGGAAGAUCAAAUUGGCUCACACCCUGAGGUCACGGUGGACCUUAUAACCAUGUUCAAAGACAUUGAGGAAGACAAUAGGCAGAGCUUUCGUACAGGUACCGUUCCUUGGGGAGAAACUCCCUGGCAGACUCUGUCCCGGCUGGGGGAGGCAGCUCAGAGGUGGCUACGGCAACAGGACCGCACCAAGGGGCAGAUUGUGGACAUGAUUAUCUUGGAGCAGUUUCUGCAAGUCCUGCCUUUGGGAAUGCAGGCCUGGGUGAGGGCCAAGAAGCCAAGCAGCAGUGAGGAGGCCGCUCAGCUGGCUGAGGCCUACCUGGGGCGGCAGCAGUGGCCUAUGGCUUUCCAGGAAGUGGCAGUAAAUUUCACCCAAGAGGAGUGGGAUCUUUUGGAUGAACAUCAAAGAACUUUAUAUUACAAUGUCAUGCAGGAGAAUUCUGAGAACAUGGCCUCACUGGAGUACCUGAUUGCCAAAUCUGACCCAGUUAUCCAGCCUGAAUCGGGAGGAGAGCCACGAAUCCCAGAUCUCCAGAGACUGAAGGAUAAAAGCAUUAUUCUCCCAAGAGCUGUUGUGAGUUGUGAGGAUGUAACUGUGCUUGGUGAGAGGUCAGAAAGUGUGAAUGUGAGGAAGAAUCCUCAGGAGGAAGAUCCUGUCGCCAAGCAACUGCAUGAGACAUCAUUGUGGUGGGAUAUAUUUUUUGACCCCAAGCUGACUGAAGCAAUUAAGAUCAAAUCAGAAGGACAUCAGAGGAGGUUCCCAGACCUGUCACAGGGAUACACAGUUCCCAAAAAAGGAAAUUCCCUAAAUAUGGCAAGAAGCAGGCUCCAUCUAGGAAUGACUGUGUCAAAAAGAAAUUAUGCCUGCUCUGAGUGUGGGAAAAGUUUUGAUCGGCGUUCAAACUUAAUUAAACACCAAAGGAUCCACACUGGAGAGAAACCAUAUUUGUGUACCGAAUGUGGGAAAUGUUUUGACCAGCAAUCAAAUCUCAAUGUCCAUUUGCGAGUCCAUACUGGAGAGAAGCCAUUUGGUUGCCCUGACUGUGGGAAAAGAUUUAGCAUCAAAUCUCACCUCCAUGGACACUACAGGAUCCACACAGGAGAGAAACCCUAUGAAUGUGGGGGCUGUGGGAAGAGAUUCCGUGUGAAAUCUUGCCUGAAUAAGCACCAGAGAAUCCAUGCGGGAGAUCCCAAGUUGUCCAAAGCAAUUGAGAUCAAAUCAGUGGGGCAUCAGGGGAUACUACCAGAGCUGUCACAGAUAUAUGCAGCGCCCAAAAAAGGAAAUAUUACUAAAAUGACAAGAAGCCGACCCCAGCUAGGAAUAACUGUGUCAAAAAGAAAUUAUGCCUGCUCUGAGUGUGGGAAAAGUUUUGAUCGACAUUCAAACCUAAUUAAACAUCAGAGGAUCCACACUGGAGAGAAACCAUAUUCUUGUGCUGAAUGUGGGAAAUGUUUCGACCAGCAAUCCAAUCUCAAUGUCCAUUUGCGAAUCCAUACAGGAGAGAAGCCGUUUGGUUGCCCUGACUGUGGAAAAAGAUUUAGCAUCAAAUCUCACCUCCAUGGGCACUACAGGAUCCACACAGGAGAGAAGCCCUAUGAAUGUGGGGGCUGUGGGAAGAGAUUCCGUGUUAAAUCUUGCCUCAAUAAGCACCAGAGAAUCCACACAGGAGAAAAGCCCUAUAAAUGUCUCACCUGUGAGAAAACUUUCACUUGCAGCUCCAACCUUAUUAAACACCAGGUGACUCACUCUGGAGAGAAAGAUUACAUGUGCUCUGAGUGAGGGGAAAACUUUGCUAUCAAAUCAGAUCUUAACAAACAUGAGAGAAUACACACAGGCGAAAAACCUUCCAUUUGUCCCAUCAGUGAGAAAAUAUUUCGUGAUGUUUCUCAGAAAAACAAACAUCAGAGGAUCCACACUGAAGAAAAAUCUUAUGAAUGCCCAAUUUGUGGGGAAAAGUUUAGAGACGACUUGCAGCAGAACAAACACCAGAGUAUUCACAUGCUAUAGCACACUUGUGUAUAUUGUAUCCAAGUGUAUAGUGAAAUUGUUUUCUUCAACCAAGAAUGCAAGUUGUAAAUGAACAAAUAUGUUACAUGUUCUAACACUGAGAAGCUUGCAUAGGGAAAGUGUUUGGGUCUUAAUCAACAAAUGGGAAUCCACAGAAGUAGUAGUGAGCACAGGAAAUGCAACUCAGUGAGAAAAUUCUCCAUGAAGCUUUGCAUUUAAUUAAAUGUGGAGAUGGAGCUGUAGCUCAGUGGCAGGGCAUCUGCUUUGCAUGCAGAAGGUCCCAGGUUCAAUCCCUGGCUUCUCCAGGUAAAGCUGGGAAAGACUCCUGCCUGAAACCUUGGAGAGUCACUGCCAAUCAGUGUAGACCACACUGAGCUGAAUGGACCAGUGGUCUGACCCAGUGUAUGCUGAUGGGAAAAAUAGGAAGCACCCAACCAGAAAAGCAGGGGGAAGGGAUGUUCAGCUCUUAACAAAACUUCCCUACAAUGACAACUAUUUCUGCAAUCAUGAUGGACAAGAUUCAUGUGUGAACUCUUUGGCUGCUAAUGAAUACUUUCAACACUUCCCCCUAUAUAGUAACCACUGAAUCCCACAUUGAUUCACAGAUAGGACAUUGAGGAGCAUAAGGAAGCUGUCUUAUACCGAGUCAGAAAAGCAAAAAAGGAGACAGUCUCAUGAUGCUGUCAAGCAUUUAUUAAAGCCUAAUGCAUUUCAGCCUCAGAGGCCUUCUUCAGGCUAGGGAUGUACAUGAACCUGUUCAUACUUCCCUGCCGCCCCAUUGCCUCCUUGGACCAGAAGUACCCAGCGCAUGUCGGGCGCAUGAGCAAGCGCAAUGUGCGCACGCUUGCCAAGUACUUCUGGUCACUUCCGGUCCGAGGAAGCAACACGGUGGCAGGGAGGUAAGCUGGCGCCUUGCCGGACCAAUUUUAAAGAGACUGCCAGUGGGGAAAAUGCAGUGGGGGUGGGGAGUAAGUGCACCCUUCCCCAGUCCUUAAAGUUAUCUCACCACCACCACCUUCGAACUGGCUGGUGCCGGUUCUGUGCACACCACUACUUCAGGGGCAAUAAUUUGUAGUAUUUUCAAAGAGCCCUUGAACAAGUAGACCUUUGCCUUCUUAUAAGCUUGUCAGCACCAUGAGACUGUUUCCUUUUUCUUAUGGUUUGCCUGAGGAGGUUCAAUAGAUAUUUACUUCCUUUGAAAUGAUUUGCAACUCUCUGGCAAAGCACCAUUUCCUCCUGGAUAAAUAACUCAUCCCCCUGUUUUAAACUGGGAGUGGGGACUAGCACAGCCUAGUCCUUUUUGAUAUAACAUGUCAAUCAACGACGACUGGGAGAAACAUGUCAAGUCUUGCUUCUCGUAUUCUCCCAAUCUGGCUUGUUUAUGCAAUCUAUCAAUGAAGACAGAUGCAUCUUCAGAAAGAAUAUUCUGAGCCCCAGAAUCCACAAGCAAUGAGAAAUGUCUCUUGCCUUACAAUCCCAGUGAUCAAAUGCAGUUUAGAAAGGGAUGGAUGAAAUGCAUUUUUAUAAUAUUUGGAUACAUCAAAAGCUGAUAGGCAGAAUGAUAAAAGAAUGGAAAUCACUUUUGGAAAUUGAAUAAUCCAGGAGUAUAGCAAGGUUGGAGUGGACCCUGGAACAAAAAGUGAAGAUGUCCCAGCCAGGUGCAAGAGAGAGCGCAAAGAGCAAUCUGUCACCCAGCCAACAGCCUGCCUCCCUUGGGGACCCAGAAACAUCUGUCCCCUGCCCCCAUUCAAUUGCAGCUACGCCUCUGGAACAAUUCAGAUUAUUCUCUUGAAUUUUGUUAAACGUUAGAACUUUGCACCCUGAAAUCUAUGUACAACCAAACCAGGUCUGAACAGUUUCAGUGGGCCAUGUCACCAAGUCAUCUUGCUGUUUGCUCACAGAGCAGGAGUUGACAUUACGGACUUGCGACGAUCUGUUUCAACUGCGUAGGCACUCUGGAGCACCUCGCAGUUAUCAAGAGCUGCUGGGCCGGAUGGACAGGCCCACCAGUCACUCCGGCCACCGAGGCCUACUUGGCUCACCCCCUGGCCGUGCACAUGAUGGCUGAAAUUAUGGGGAGGGACAGAGGUUUGGUGCGGCAGGACAAUGGUGAAGGAUGGCUGCAGGAGGCCCCCAAAAGCAGGUUUGGGGGGGCCUCUCAGUGGGGGAGAUCUCACGGUGGGGGCAGUCCAGGUGCCAAAAUUACCUAGGUGUGCCCCUGGGUGGCAUGCAUGGUAUUGGGAGUCUGAUUUGCUACAGCACAUGAUCUCUGUACUUGCGCCACUAAUUUAUCUUUAUAGAGUUUGUGCUUUGCCAUUCAUUCUGUGAGAUUGUGUUAAGCUCUGAAGAUGACCAAUAAAAACAAAAACAUGAAAGAUGGAGCAGCAAUUGAUUUCUGACAGGACUCAAAAGAAGAGAUGGCAGAGAUGAACCCUCAGUUGUGUGGAACUAGUUAAGGGUCUGUUUGCAGCUACUGACAUAAGCAUCAGACAUGACAAACUUGCACUGCCAGCCAAAUGAAGUCACAACCAUUUAUGGGUGGCAGCACUUGGUGUUCAUCAUAUCCAAAGCAGAAUUUGUGCAGCCUUAGGAGGGGGGUGGGAAAAAUCUCCCCCCCCCCCGCCCAGGAAUGACUGCAGAUUAUUUGCUUGGCAGUAAGCUAAGGAAGACAAGAUGAUUACUCUCUCCUUUUUUAUCUUUCUGAUGCUGGUGGGAGUGGAUCCACAGCAUUAGCUGUAGCUGCUGCAUCCCAAAUAAAUAAAUAAUUCAUAACAGUAUCAGACAAAGGUGAAAGCUGCUUCUUAUGGUGACAGAGACACUUCAGUCCCACUCUCCAACUCCCAGAAUCUAUUUACUUGUAUUAUGUUAUUAUUACUAUUUUUAAUUAAUGAUUUCUGCUACAUUUAAUAAGAAUAAUUUUAAGCAUCUAUAUAGGAUGGUUAGAUAUUGUUGUAACUACUGCAUAAAAAUUCCCAUGUCAGCCACUUUGUUUUACUCAUCAUUUCCACCGGCCAAUGAGUAUGUCUGAUGUCAUAAUAUCCUGCAUUUGCAUAUGGGAGGGAGGAACAACUCACAAAUGUAUAACAUGAAAUACUGUUGACUAUUCAGGUAUCACAGUUACAUCACAAGACAGGGUAUUGUUCCAGCCAACCAAUCAAAGAGCAAACAGCUGGUCCCUCAUUUGAAUAUAAGCCACUAUAUGAGCACAGAGGUGGGGACAAUACAGAGGCAUUCAUCACUAAGAAAUAAAGCUGCGUGUAAUCAGGAAGGACAAAAAUAAUGGCUGCUACCCAGAAGAAGGGCCAACCCCAGAAGAGCAAGAAACAGAAACCAAAGAGGAAGAAGCUAGGGAAGCGGUGCCGAAGGAAGAGAGCAAGGAGGCAGGUGAAGAAUGCCAAGGGUCCCGCAGAUGCAUUUGUGCCUAAGAUUCUGCAAAAGCUAUGCCAAGCAAAGCCACCCCGUCCUAUUAAGGGCAAUGGGAAGGCAGUCAUUGCACAACGGUGUGUCCUCACAAGCAAAGACGGGCGGCAACAGUGUUUUCUCAGCAACUAUAUGGCCUCACAAGCCACGGCGAACACUGACGACAUCCCCCCAGCAAUUGUAUGGCCUUACAAGCCACCAAUGGCAAGAUGGAUAGCAACCAUGUGCCCUUACCAGCCAAGCGCCCUCACCAGCCAUCUGUGGCAAGACGGGCAACGACAACGUGCCCUCAGCAAUGCUGUGCCCUCACCAGUCAUCUAUGGCAAGAUGGGCACCAGCCUCUGCACGAUCACCCCCACAGACCUUCAGUAUGAAGCGAAUGAGAUGGUGCCCAGGCAAAUGAACCCAUGCUUGUUUCCCAACAAUCCCAGCAUGCCUCCUUAUUAGCAGAACAUUGUUCCCUGGGCUGGCCUAAGUGGUCUCAAAGGAGAGAAAUAAGAGGAACAUCAGCUGGCCUGAAGAGAAAAAAAAAUCCCAUCUUCCAUCUGACUGAAGACCUGACAUGGCCAUCUAAGGUGCCGAGAAACCCAACACUCUAAGCAAGUGAUCUCACCUACCUACAACUUUUGGGAGUCACAGUAGUGACCUUCAUAGAUGAGAGAGAUAAUCAAACCAUUACAGAGAAGGGUCCAGAGGAGACAAUUCAGCCAACAGGACUUUCCUAAAAGAAAUUAAAAAGAAGCGAUCCUCUUGCUUGGAAGAAUGUUGGAUUUCACAACACCCAGAUUGCAUAUAAGCGAUUUAACUUCAGACUAAGAAAAAACAGCUAGUUAUUAACAUACCAAUAAAAUGGGAUUUUAGAGCAUA